UUCUGUCUGUCGUCCUCUUUUCCCUCAUCUUGCAAAUUGCGGAAAAAGUUCCAUCUCAAUGGAAUGCACAAGCCUGGAGAUGUGGUUCUGGGUGGGCUGUUUGAGGUCCACUACACCUCUGUCUUCCCUGAGCGGACAUUUACCUCAGAGCCACAGCAGCCCAGCUGCAAAGGCUUUGACACUCUAGGGUUCCGGCACGCCAUGACCAUGGCCUUUGCUAUUGAUGAGAUCAACAAGAACUCCAAUCUGCUACCUAAUGUGACUGUGGGAUACAGUCUUUACGAUAACUGUGGUGCACUUGUAAUUGGAUUCAGUGGUGCGUUAUCAUUGGCCAGUGGUCAAGAGGAGAAGUUUCUACUUGAGGAAAAGUGUUUAGGGACUCCUCCCGUUCUUGGGAUUGUGGGUGACCACUAUUCAACAUUUUCUAUUGCCAUCUCCAAUGUGCUAGGUUUAUACAAAAUGCCCAUUGUGAGUUAUUUUGCCACAUGUUCCUGCCUAAGUGAUCAGCAACGGUUUCCAUCCUUCUUUAGAACAAUCCCAAGUGAUGCUUUCCAGGUGCGUGCUAUGAUUCAGAUUCUAAAACACUUUGGCUGGACUUGGGUUGGCCUUCUGGUCAGUGAUGAUGACUAUGGACAUCAUGUUGCCCGAUCAUUUCGGUCGGAUCUGGUUCAGUCUGGUGGAGGUUGUCUGGCCUACUUGGAGGUUUUGCCCUGGGACAGUGACACAAGUGAACUCAGGAGGAUUGUACAUUUGAUAAAGACACCAACAGCUCGUGUGGUUAUGGUGUUUGCUCAUGAGUUCCACAUGAUUCAACUAAUGGAAGAGGUGGUGAGACAGAAUGUGACGGGCCGCCAGUGGAUAGUGAGUGAAGCCUUGACAACGGCUACUGUGCUCCUGACACCUCACUUUAUGCCAUACCUGAGUGGCACACUGGGCAUUGCCAUACGUCGGGGAAAAAUACCAGGUCUAAGGGAAUUCCUCCUACAAAUACGCCCUGACCAGAAUGACAGCAGCAUCUUUGGAAAUAGCAUGGUGAGACAGUUUUGGGAACACACAUUUAAGUGUAGAUUUGUACCACUUCCAGCAGGCUGGGUUGAAGCUGAAAGAGCAUUAUGCACCGGAGAAGAAGACAUUGAAAGUGUUGAGACUGAGUUUUUAGAUCUUUCUAACCUCAGGCCUGAUUACAAUGUUUACAAGGCUGUGUAUUCUCUGGCAUAUGCCCUUGAUGACAUGCUGCAAUGUGUGCCUGGGAAAGGUCCUUUCAAUGAGCACAGCUGUGCUACUUUGCAAACACUGGAACCAUGGCAGCUUGUACAUUAUUUGCAAAAGGUCAACUUCACCACAACAUUUGGCGAUCAAGUGUCAUUUGAUGAGAAUGGUGACGCCUUACCAAUAUAUGAUAUUAUGAACUGGCUGUGGCUCCCAGAUGGAGGGACCAAAAUUCAGAGUGUUGGUGAGGUUAAGAAGUCAGCCUUCAAAGGUGAAGAACUCACAAUUCAUGAGGACAAAAUCUUCUGGAACUUUGAAACCAGAGAGCCACCACGGUCAGUGUGCAGUGAGAGCUGUCCUCCAGGUACCCGCAUGGCCAGAAAGAAGGGGGAACCUGAGUGCUGUUUUGACUGCAUCCCUUGUUCUGAAGGAAAGAUCAGCAAUAAAACUGACUCCAUGGAGUGCACAAGUUGUCCAGAGGACUUCUGGUCCAGCACUCAGCGAGACCACUGUGUUCCUAAGAGAACUGAGUUUCUCUCCUAUCAUGAGCCACUAGGUAUCUUUUUGACAACCACCUCAUUGCUGGGCACUUUUGUAUGUGCUGUUGUUCUUGGAAUCUUCACCUAUCAUCGCAGUACACCUAUGGUACGUGCCAACAAUUCAGAACUGAGUUUUCUGCUCUUGGUGUCACUUAAAUUAUGUUUCCUGUGUUCACUGCUGUUUAUGGGGCGUCCAAGUCUUUGGACAUGCCAGUUGAGACAUGUAGCAUUUGGGAUCAGCUUUGUGCUUUGUGUUUCGUGUAUUCUGGUAAAAACCAUGGUGGUUAUAGCUGUGUUUAAGGCCUCAAAGCCAGGGGGCGGAACGAGUCUGAAGUGGUUUGGUGCUGUGCAGCAGAGAGGAACCGUUAUGGCUCUGACCUGCAUUCAGGCAGCGAUCUGCACUGCUUGGAUUGUUUCUGCUUCACCAGCCCCUCAUAAAAACACGCAAUACCACAAUGACAAGAUAGUUUAUGA